AUGAAGCCUGUAACGCGGCUACCACUGCGCAUUGCGCCUAGACUCAUUCAGCGCUCUGCCUUCGUUCGCCCGAUUCACUCGACCGUCGUCAAGGCUGCCAAUGUCGCUCCGGUUGUCGGCACGGGCCCUCCCCCAGAGCCACCGGUCCAACCGCAAGAUGUUCACCAGCGAGUCGCCAGACGGAGGAGACAGGCCGAGAUGCUCAAGAAUGCUAAGGAGCUACGAAGUGCUAGUAGUGGAAAGGGUGGUGGUUUGAAGAAGCGAUUCUGGAAGGAUGUUUCUGUCAAGGAAGUCGAUGGUGCUCUUCAAGUCUUCCUCGAUACCCGGCCUUUGAGACACCCUGUUACCAAAGAAAUCAUCCGAAUCCCCAUUACGAAACCCGACCUCGCCUCCGCCCUCGCCCUCGAAUGGGAUCUCUUGACUUCUGCUCAAGACGCUACAAGACAUCACUUGAUCCCUCUUACCAGUCUCGCCUGCCGAGCCCUCGACAUCGCCGCAGCCGACCAAGCCCCCGGUACCGAAAUCUCGGAAAUCCGAGACUCAAUUGCCACCACCAUGCUUCGAUACCUCGAUACCGACUCUAUUCUCUGCUGGAAUCCUCCAGCCGGAGUGCACGAUCGCAAGAACGAUGCUGGAGAGUCACUACGAGACGUACAGAAGCGCACAGCUGAGGAGAUUGUGUCUUUCCUUACAACUCAUGUCUGGCCUGGCAUCACCAUCAACCCUGUUCUCGAUGGACACACCAUCAUGCCUCAGUCACAAGCCCCCGGAGUCCGUGAGGUCGUCCAGGGUUGGAUCUCCGGCCUCGAUGCCUUCGAGAUUGCAGGAAUUGAGCGCGCUACCUUGGCUGGCAAGAGUCUCAUCGCUGCUUCGAGAUUCGUCGUCGAGUGGAGUGAGGGUUCGGUCGGUAAGGGCAAUCUGAACACGGGCAAGAAGUUCGGCGUCGAAGAGGCAGCCGUUGCUACUAGUCUCGAGGUUGAUUGGCAGACUGGUCAGUGGGGAGAGGUCGAGGAUACUCAUGACGUGAACAAGGAGGACGUGAGACGACAGCUGGGCAGUGUUGUUCUGCUGGUCUCUGGAACAGGCAAGGCUUGA